UCUCUAAAACAGUAGCGGUCUGAAACGGGAGGUGUGAAGGUCUGAUUCUGCGGGCGGUCCCCGGGUGGGCGGAACCGCCGACAAUGCUGUGAGCUGAACUCAGUAAGCGCCGCCGCGCGUGCUGGUGUCGGAGGAUGUGGCUGCUCGCGGUUCUGCUGCCUCUCAUCAGGCUGUAUUUGUGCGGUUUCAAAGUUCUGGUAUAUCAGCUGUUCCACCGCUCCUUCCCGCUGCCAGUCUUACCCAAACUAAAUGGAAGAGUUGCCAUAGUGACCGGGGGAACCAGAGGAAUGGGUUUUGAGACGGCCAGACAUUUGUCCAGCCUUGGCAUGCAUGUUAUCAUAGCUGGGAACCAAAGAGAAGAGGGCUCUGUGGCUGUCAGGAAGAUAAACGAAGUUGCCAAUGAAGGGAAAGCCGAGUUUGUCUUCCUGGACCUGACCUCUCUGAAAUCCGUACACACGUUUGUUCAGAUGUUCAGAGACAGAGGGCUGCCUCUCCAUGUCCUGAUUAACAACGCUGGGACCAUGCUGGUUCCUGAGAGAACAACAGAGGAUGGCUUUGAGUUCCACUUCUGCCUCAAUUACCUUGGGCACUUCCUGUUGACCAACCUGCUGCUGGACCUGCUGAAGAAGUCAGGGCAGCCGGGCCGCUGCUCCAGAAUCAUCAACAUGUCUUCUGCCACUCACUAUGCAGGAGUUCUGGACUUGGAGGACCUAAACAUGAGGAUCUGCUACAGUUCUCAUGCUGCCUACUCCCAGAGUAAACUGGCUCUGGUCCUCUUCACCUACUUCCUUCAGGAACAGCUGGCUGCCAGUGGAUCUCCUGUGACUGUGAACGCUGUGGACCCAGGGAUGGUGGACACGGCACUCUACGAUAACCUUUGGACCCUUGCAAAGAUGCUGAAACAACCAGUAGCCAAGGUCCUGUUCAGGUCUCCAGCAGAGGGAGCUUCCAUAUUAAUCUAUGCUGCUGCUGCCACUGAGCUGGAGGGGGUGGGAGGCUGUUACCUGUACAACGGCCUCAAGACGCAGUCCUCUGACCUGUCCUAUGACGCUGAGCUGCAGGCCAAGCUGUGGAAAAAGAGCUGCGAGCUUGUCGGCCUUCAGGAGACCUGAUGCUGCCUGGUGGGAUUGUCACAUCAGAUUUCAUCAUCUUCAUCAGUCUGCCUCAUCAUCUGAGGCACUGAAGAUGAUGCUGAACUAUUGUCUGAAAGUCUCCAUCCUUCUUCUCACAAGUGCAUUACUGUGACUUGACUAGGUUCAGUUGUAUUCAGUCAACGUUUGAAAUGAAGAAACCAGCACUUCCUGUUUUUAAUAGCAUAAAAGCAGCGUGGCCUGGUAGAGCUGUGUGUUGUUUGAUAGAAAUCUGGCAUUAAAACAUACUGCUCAGAACAUUAAAGCAAGCGUCUGAAAACA